GAAACAUACAGUUCCAACCCGGGCUGCCGAACCACUCCUUUGACUUCUUAAAAAUACCCCAAGAAACGCCCUAUCUGAGACUCCAUACGGUCCUAGAGGGCGGCUCAGUCAAACCACUCGAAUCCCUAAUGGGACCAGAACGACCCACGACACUGCAGAUCUUCAAAUAUGCGCAACUGACACACUACAUACGAUCCACACGAACACUUCUAGCUGGCUCCCGGACGUUCACAACGUAUGAAUUAUAUUGUACCUCCCAAUCCCUCAAAA